GGUGGUGGUGGAAGGGGAUCAAACCGUGCAGAGGGGGGGGGUAGAAGGUUCCGUUGCUGCACUUUGGACUGCCAGUACCGGUACCGGUACUUGUACUGUAAUAUGCUUAUAUUACUCGUGUAAUUUACAGACACAGAAGUCUUCGAUCCCUUGGGCGGCCCGGAACGGCAAAAUCCGCACCCAACACGCUAAUCCUGUUUUGGGUGCAUUCGGGCAUUGUGAUUGGUUGGCAGUUGACCAUUGCUAAGAUACUUGUACUCGAGUACUGGUGCUACACUAAGUCACUUGAACAUUGGAAAGGCUACCAUCAAAAGCAAGAUAUCAUACCUCUAACUUGCUGACUGGUCUGGGAUAGGUGCACCUGCAAAUCUUACCUGUACUCGAGUACUAGUACUACUUGUAUUCCAGGCCAGCCAAGGGAUAGGGUUUCUAAUGGCAGGCUUGGACACGAUACCGGUACUGUAGGCUGGCUGCCACUCUCGAGAGGCUGGUGAUACGGGACAACGGUCGAGUUUUGACAUGAUAUGAAGAAAUUUCAAACCUAUAGAGGUUCGCACGAGGCAGUGAGGUACCGGAAUCCGGAUCACGCUCUCGAGAUCCGGGGCAGCGGGGUGAGGCUCUACCAGCACUCGUACUCAAGUAUGAUAUGCUGUACUCGAGUACUGUACUGGUGUACUCGGUACUCGAGUACGCUCGUAUACGGGUAGUGCAGAUACCGGGCACCGGUAUCACAAUUUCGGGAGGAGUGUUUCUGCCCCGAUGGAUCGUCGAUUUCCAUUCUGUGCCGCAUUUUAGGAGCUGCCAUACAAUAGCGUGGAUAACAUUGGCUACCCAUCCUGGCGAAAUAGAAAAGAGAUCACUUCUCAGGUGGCCAAGUUUCGGGAUGAUCCGUCCAAAGAAGAAAAGAAAGGAAAUACUAGUAAAAAAGGUGGCUGCUUGUGUAGCCAAUGUCUUUCGGCAAUAAAUUUUUUUAUAGUAAUUACUGUAAUGAGUGCCUUUUUCAAAAGCGUGAGCGAGAUUUCAUCUGUUUUACCGGCAUCCAGUUGUGUGAUUGAUAGAUACCGGUACGAGAACUGGCAUUGGUACAGUACGGUACUCGGGCAUGGACGGAGGUGAUGAGACGGACAGGGGUUCAAUGCAUCAAAGCUUUUCGCCCU